CGCGCUUCGGGCCGUGGUUAUUUAAGCACGGGUAGCCUGGUAAUGGUGCCCCGAUUCGUUUCAUCCUGCUCCAGCGACGCGGCCGGCGUUGCUCUUUAAUCCCUUGUAUGCGAUAGCGCGGGCAUCACAGCCACAGGGAUACAGAGGACGCACCGACGAGUAGGAUUUGUUAAUGAGUUGCUGAAUCUCGUGAGAAAUCCGAGCAACAGACAAACUCAUCAUGGAUGAUGGUCACGCUAAAACUUCGGAAGAAGUUAUCGAAUACUUCAACAUCGAUGUCGAUAAAGGUCUGACCCCCGAUCAGGUCAAGAGGAACCAAGAGAAAUAUGGUCUCAACGAACUUCCCGCAGAAGAGGGCAAAACAAUUUGGCAGCUUGUUCUCGAGCAGUUCGAUGACCUCCUUGUUAAAAUCUUGCUCUUGGCCGCCAUCAUUUCCUUCGUCCUGGCCAUGUUUGAGGAAGAAGACUCUCUCACAGCCUUCGUUGAACCUUUAGUCAUUUUGCUUAUUCUUAUCGCCAACGCCAUUGUCGGUGUCUGGCAAGAACGCAAUGCUGAGUCUGCUAUUGAGGCCCUGAAAGAAUACGAGCCCGAGAUGGGCAAGGUCGUACGUGGCGACAAGGCCGGUGUGCAGAAGGUGCGCGCCAAGGAGAUCGUUCCUGGUGACCUGGUUGAGGUGUCUGUGGGCGAUAAGAUUCCCGCUGACAUCCGCCUCAUCAAGAUCUUGUCCACCACUCUGCGCAUUGACCAGUCUAUCCUGACUGGUGAGUCUGUGUCCGUCAUCAAGCACACUGAUGCCGUGCCUGACCCCCGCGCCGUCAACCAGGACAAGAAGAACAUCAUCUUCUCCGGCACCAAUGUCGCCGCUGGCAAGGCCCGCGGUAUUGUCAUUGGCACUGGCCUCAAUACUGCCAUUGGUAAGAUUCGUACUGAAAUGACUGAGACUGAGGAGAUCAAGACUCCCCUGCAGCAGAAGCUUGACGAGUUCGGCGAGCAGCUGUCCAAGGUUAUCUCCCUCAUCUGCGUUGCUGUCUGGGCUAUCAAUAUUGGUCACUUCAACGAUCCCGCUCACGGUGGCUCCUGGAUCAAGGGUGCCGUCUACUACUUCAAGAUUGCCGUUGCCCUGGCUGUCGCUGCCAUUCCCGAGGGUCUGCCCGCUGUCAUCACCACUUGCUUGGCCCUUGGCACCCGUCGUAUGGCUAAGAAGAACGCCAUUGUGCGCUCCCUGCCCUCCGUUGAGACUCUUGGCUGCACCUCCGUCAUCUGCUCUGACAAGACCGGUACUCUGACCACCAACCAGAUGUCCGUCAGCAGGGCGUUCGUCUUCAGCCAGAAUGACCCCACCGGCGCUACCUUCGACGAGUUCGAAAUCACCGGCUCCACCUACGAGCCCAUUGGUGACGUGUUCCUCAAGGGAUCCAAGAUCAAGGCCAGCGACUACGAGACCCUGCACGAGUUGGGCACCAUCUGCAUCAUGUGCAACGACUCCUCUAUUGAUUUCAACGAGUUCAAGCAGGCCUUUGAGAAGGUCGGUGAGGCCACUGAGACCGCCCUGAUUGUCCUUGCUGAGAAGAUGAACCCCUUCAACGUGCCCAAGACUGGUCUUGACCGCCGUUCCACCGCCAUCGUCGUCCGCCAGGACAUUGAGACCAAGUGGAGGAAGGAGUUCACCCUCGAGUUCUCUCGUGACCGCAAAUCCAUGUCUUCUUACUGCGUGCCCCUCAAGUCCUCCAAGCUCGGCACUGGACCCAAGCUGUUCUGCAAGGGCGCCCCUGAGGGCGUUCUUGACAGGUGCACUCACGCUCGCAUUGGCGGACAGAAGGUGCCUUUGACCACUUCCAUGAAGAACCGCAUCCUGGACGUGACCCGCCAAUACGGUACCGGCCGUGACACCCUCCGCUGCUUGGCUCUCGCUACUGGUGAUAACCCAAUGAAGCCCGAGGAGAUGGAUCUUGGAGACUCUAACAAGUUCUACCAGUAUGAGAACAACCUUUGCUUCGUCGGCGUCUGUGGCAUGCUUGACCCUCCCCGUAAGGAGGUCUUCGACUCCAUCGUCCGUUGCCGUCUGGCUGGAAUCCGCGUCAUUGUCAUCACCGGUGACAACAAGGCCACCGCCGAGGCUAUCUGCCGCCGCAUUGGCGUGUUCGGUGAAGAUGAGGACACCACUGGCAAGUCCUACUCUGGCCGCGAAUUCGACGACCUGCCCCUGUCUGAGCAGAAGGCUGCCGUUGCCCGCGCCCGUCUCUUCUCCCGCGUGGAGCCCGCCCACAAGUCCAAGAUUGUUGAGUUCCUGCAGGGCAUGAAGGAAAUCUCUGCCAUGACUGGUGAUGGUGUCAAUGACGCCCCUGCCCUGAAGAAGGCUGAGAUUGGUAUUGCCAUGGGCUCCGGUACCGCCGUCGCCAAGUCUGCCUCUGAGAUGGUGUUGGCUGACGAUAACUUCUCUUCCAUUGUCGCUGCUGUUGAGGAGGGCCGUGCUAUUUACAACAACAUGAAGCAGUUCAUCCGCUACCUCAUCUCCUCCAACGUUGGUGAAGUCGUGUCCAUCUUCUUGACUGCCGCCCUCGGUCUUCCCGAGGCUCUGAUUCCCGUCCAGCUUCUGUGGGUCAACCUGGUCACUGACGGUCUGCCCGCCACUGCCCUUGGCUUCAACCCUCCCGAUCUUGACAUCAUGGACAAGCCUCCCCGUCGCUCUGACGAGUCUCUCAUCUCUGGCUGGCUGUUCUUCCGUUACAUGGCUGUUGGUGGAUAUGUUGGUGCUGCCACUGUCGCUGCUGCUUCCUGGUGGUUCAUGUACAGCCCAGAAGGCCCUGAACUCACUUACUGGCAGCUGACUCACCACCUGUCCUGCUUUGCUGAGAAUCCCGACUUCAAGGGAGUUGACUGCAAGAUCUUCCACGAUCCUCACCCAAUGACCAUGGCUCUGUCUGUGCUUGUCACCAUUGAGAUGUUGAACGCCAUGAACAGCUUGUCUGAGAACCAGUCUCUGCUGAAGAUGCCUCCCUGGUGCAACUUGUGGCUGUGCGGAGCCAUGGCUCUCUCUUUCUCACUCCACUUCGUCAUCCUCUACGUCGAAAUCCUCUCAUCUGUAUUCCAGGUCACUCCUCUGAACACAGAAGAAUGGAUAACCGUGAUGAAGUUCUCCAUCCCUGUGAUCCUGCUGGACGAGUCUCUUAAGUUCAUUGCCCGCAAGAUCACUGACGGUGAGCGUGGUUAUUACCCGAGUGAAUUGCAUUGGAUUGGUGUGAUGUGGGGGGUGUAUGCCGUGCUCAUCAUGUACGGACCCAUCUAACACGAGUGUCUUGUGAAGUAACAAGCAAUUUUAAACCACGAGGACAAUUUUACUUCAGCUUCCUCAGCCGGCACGUGUAUAAAACAAACAAAAAAGAUACCCUCCUCUUCACAAACAAACUUCCAAACUUGACUCGAAUCGUUAUUAAUUUGACCUAUAUUUAUUUAACAGUGUGUUGUUCUUGGAUUUAUGAUGAUUUUUGCAUAUUAUAUUACUCUCUUUUUAAGACUUCCAACGUUCAUCCUUUACACAAACGUAUUCGAUCAUACACAAUUUAUAUACAUUUGAAUAAUUUGCAUGAUCCUCUCAGCAGAAACAAGCAAACAGACAUUAGUUUAAAACGCCCCUUCUUUCUCUCGCGAUUUAAUUAAUUUAUUGCAUUCUUUGGUUACCUCGUCAAUUUCACAAACAUUUUUCUAUUCCUCUCCCCCGAACCUUUUUCGAUUUCGCGCGCGUUGCUGAUGGUUGUCGUUUCAUUGUCCGCUCUGGUCAAUUUUGUUAACAAUCGAUUUUGCAACAAAGCUGAGCUGUACCAUAAUUUAUUGGCUUCCCUAGCUGCUUGCUGAUGAUUUAUCUCAAGUGUCUCUUUCUCUUGAUAACUUGAUUUCGUUUCCGAGCUGCGCAGGGCUUACUUUACACUCAACUCUGCCAAAAUCAUAAGGAGUGAACGUGUUUAAUAUUAUAAUGUUUGCAAAAAAUAUUUUUUAUUGUUUCUGAUGCGCUGAAUGAGAUGAUACGUACGAGUCUGUAUGGGUCAUAUAACUAUAUUUUAGAAAACUGUCUGUCCGUGAGUCUAAAAGCAACAUUGUGUCGAGUGAUUGCGCGUUUCUCUGGGUGACAAGUUGCUAGUUUGCCUUCUCGGCAGUCUCCGCGGCUGCCGAAACACUCCCUUUAGAAUGAUAAUCAUACGAGGUAACGGGUGGAGUUUUAAUCCCCAAAGUGAAUUUUACGGUUGAGUUUUUAUUGUCUGCGACGUAAAAAGAAUGAAAAAAAACACACACAAAAACACAAAUACACACACAGAACCGAGUAAGAAUUAAAACUGAAGACAAAAACUGAUAUUUGGAAAAGUCGAAGAAAAAUUAAUCAAUCAUCCUGAACUUUGGAUACUUACAGCAUGGUUGUUGUUGUUGUUGAUCAAUCGAUAUAAAAGUAAUAAUAAUUAUAUAUUAUUAGUACGAAAACACAAAAACGGAUUUGUUUCUUAUUGUAAUUUUAUUGUUUGGUUGUAAAAGUUGCAUCUAACUUUUUCUCCUUUCCCUGAUACAAAAUGAAUGAAAAUGCAAGAAAUGCCCAGGAGCAAGCAUCUGUGAUUUUGCUGUAUUCACUUGGCGUUGGUUGAGGUGCAGCAAACCAAAUGUGUGACAGACUCACUGAAAUUAUCAAUUGUAGUAGCCUCACCGACCUGACCCAGUUUUGAUUGUAUCAAACAAAACCCCCGGGAGGGCGUCUCGCCGUCCGCGGGCUCCUUUGACCCGACGCGACACGUCCUCCUGCCAAAUUUUGUAGUUUGCGAAUUUUUUAAAUAAUUCAUUAAGGCCAAGUGAUAUUUUUAAAAAUGUAAGUACACCAGUGUGGAUUCAGUAAAUUAAUCACGGAAGUUUUUUCUGAAAUUAACCGCAUGUCGAGAGUGUUCGAGAGAAAUUUGAAAUCAAAAACACAAACCGUAAGACAAAGAAGGAUGUUGUGCGGUUUGCCGACCGCCGAGACUUUGCUGUUGUACCUCGGAUUAAGAAGCCGUGCCAAGAAGUCCGCGGCGCCGAAUGCUCCAAUUAUAUACGAAUUAGCUAGAUUUGAGAGAUGCAACCAACAAUACAUAUUAAAAAGGAUUGAUUGAGAAAAAAAUGUGGCCUACUCCUUACUUAUAUUACUAACA